AUGUCGAGAAACCAUCUCGUCGGAUCCAUCCCCGGCUCGAUCUCGUCGAUGCAGAGCUGCUUGACGUCGCUUGAUUUCUCUUACAACAAUCUCUCCGGUUUGGUCCCGGAGACAGGACAGUUCAGCUACUUCAACUACACGUCCUUCUUGGGGAACCCUGACCUCUGCGGUCCUUGUAAAGACAGUUGUCGCUCACCAGAGUCAUACCAAAGGACCUUUGUCCGCUUCUAUGAAGCUAUUGCAGUAUUGCUCGUUCUUGGACUCCUCGUUUGUUCCAUCGCGUUUGAUAAUCAAAGAAGACAACAUCGUAUAGGCAAAGGAGGAGCUGGGAUCGUCUACAAAGGCGUCAUGCCUAACGGCGAUCAAGUCGCGGUGAAAAGACUCCGCUGCAUGAUUGCUCUUGAAGCUGCGAAAGGACUCUGUUAUCUCCAUCACGAUUGUUCUCCGCUGAUUGUUCAUAGAGAUGUCAAAUCGAACAACAUCCUCUUCAAUUCAAACUUUGAAGCUCAUGUUGCUGACUUUGGUCUCGCCAAGUUCUUACAAGACUCCGGUACUUCUGAGUGCAUGUCUGCGAUCGCUGGAUCUUACGGCUACAUAACUCAAGAAUAUGCGUAUACGUUGAAGGUAGACGAGAAGAGCGAUGUGUACAGUUUCGGUGUGGUUCUUCUAGAACUAGUCACCGGGAGAAAACCCGUCGGGAUGAAAUUUCGUCCUACCUUCAAGACAAGAUUAAAAGGCCACUUUGGAUCGUUGACUUAG